AAUAGAUGAUAUAAAAUGAUAAAGAAAUGCCUCAAACAAAAGGGCUUUUUAUUCUUAGACCUGAAGUACUUGGAAAGGUUUUUGAGUUUGUUGAAUAUAAUUAACUUCUUUAAUUUAGAACUUUGAGUAAAAAGGCUGACUAAAUGACAUAAGCAAUUUUAACAAAUAGGUUAGAUAAAAUCAAAAAGAAGAUUCAAGAAUUUGAAGGUUAAAUGGAUCCUAUUAAGACAUAUGUUUAUGGAGAAUUAAAUGGAGAAUUAAAUAAUGAUUUCAUGACUACAAGAAUGAAUAUUAUUAAUGCUGUAAAUAAAAUGGAUUUUAAAUCAACAUAAUUUAAGGAUGUAUUUGAAAAGGAUCCUGUUGGAAUUCAAAUUUCAAAAUAUCUUGUAUUAUUAUUCAAAGAUAAUUAUGAAACAUUAUGGAGAUUAAAAGUAGAAUCAAUAUCAGAGGAAUAAUUUGCAGAAUUACAUAAAAUAUUAGAAUUAGAACCAUAAAUUAAAUCAUCUCCACCUCUUUGCAAAGAAAUGUACCAAGUCUACUUAGAUAUUAUUAAACUCAGGUCAAUGAGAUUUAUGAAUGGUAAGAAAAUUUUUAAUAUAUAGAAUGGCAUAGAUGUUAUAAAAUUGAUGUUGAAUGUGAUAAAUGGAUUGAAAAGUAAAAUAAAAUUGAAUCAAUUUUGGCUCGUAUUAGACAGACUGAAAUAGAAAAAAGAUUCAAAUGA